UCAGUUGUUUUCUUCGUCUUUCGGGGUGAUCUCUCGCAGUGAAAGUUGGUGAAAUGUUUUUUAUUCUCUCGGGUUUUCUAAUUGUUUGUGAGGGGUAGUGCGCGGGCAACUCAGGAAUCGCCCCUCCUAGUUCCAUCAUGUCCGAGAAUCGAGCUUGGGGUGGACGAGACGAUGCUGCUUUAUGGUGGCCGGGAACGGUCGCGACGGAUCAGCAGAGUUUGCAACAUCAUCAGCAUCUCAUCCAACAACAGAUUCAGCAACAGCAGCAGCAAAUAGAGGCUGCCAACAGUUCGGCUUCGAACACCCAGCAGCUGUUCAGCUAUAAGAUGGCAAGUAGUUUUCAAAAUCCGGCGACGACGACGUCUUCUUCUCAGGCUGGUGUUCGCGGGUACGAUUAUAGUUUGGCAGGUGGAAAUCCGCCCUCUGCACCCGCCGCUCAGUGGUGGUACCCUCCUUCCACCAUGGACAAUAUGCAGAGCACGCUCCAGAAUUUGCAGAACAACAUGCACAGCUUGCAGUCCCAACAGCAACAAAUGCCACCUGUGCAAGCUUCCCCUCCCCCGCAAAGCGAUACUCAGAGCCAUCAGGAGGAGGCCCAGAGGCAACAAGAGGUUGCCAAUAGACAGCAUCAAGAAGCUGUACAGCGGCACCAAGAAGUGCAGCGACAGCAUCAAGAGGCUCAGAGGCACCAGGAAGUUCAGAGGCAACAGCAGGAGGCCCAAAGACAACACCAGGAGGCCCAGAGGCAUCAUCAGGAGGCCAUCCAGCAACACCAUCAGGCUAUAGCUGAAGCCCAGGCGAGACAGCAACAGCUGCAGCAACAAACACACCAACUCCAGCAGCAGUUACAGCACAACCAACUUCAUAAUAAUCAGUUGCACAAUAAUCAUCAGCAGCAUCAACAGGUUUUGCAACAGCACCAACAAAUAAGUUCUCCAGCUCCACUACCUCAUAAAGGAAGAAUGCCGCGUGCAAAAGCUGACGCCAGGCCCAGAGGCCGUAUGACUGCUUAUGCAUUCUUUGUUCAGACAUGCAGAGAAGAGCAUAAGAAAAAACAUCCUGAAGAAAAUGUCGUCUUUGCCGAGUUUUCGAAGAAAUGUGCUGAAAGGUGGAAGACCAUGUUGGACAAGGAGAAGAAACGUUUCCACGAGAUGGCUGAGAACGACAAGAAACGUUACGACACAGAAAUGUCGACAUACACUCCACCGAAAGGGGAGAAGCAGAGAGGAAAGAAGAGGAAACAAGUAAAGGAUCCCAAUGCACCCAAACGUUCAUUGUCAGCAUUCUUCUGGUUUAGUAAUGAUGAACGUGGUAAGGUUAAGGCUCAGAAUCCUGAAUAUGGAGUAGGUGAUAUCGCCAAAGAGUUAGGUCGAAGGUGGGCUGAUGCCGACCCAGCUGAAAAAGGAAGAUACGAAGCUCUCGCCGACAAAGACAAGGCCAGAUACGAGAAAGAAAUGACUGCUUACAAAAAGAAGAACAAUCCUGCCAUGCAGCAAGCUCAACCCGUACCUGAGGUAGAGGAACCUGAAGAGGACGAGGAAGAAAUAGAAGAAGAUGAUGAUGAGUAGAUUGUAAGAUAAACUCGGUAAAUCGCCUUCUCAUUCCUCUAUUGUAAAUAUACAUAUAGAAGUGUAUUAUCUCUCGUUCUCUUUUUUUUUACCCAAUCGUGUGUACUUACAAACUGGACAGUGUGAGUGAGCUCUUCGUUCCUCCUACUUCAUGACGAUCAGUUUCAGUUUUUAAGUGUGUCGUGUUUUUUAUAUUUUUAUUCUGCCUCGUGCUUUCGUCAACCUGAAUCGAGCAGAGGGUUCAAAUUAUGCAACCUACAGAUUUUAUCCAGUAACGUCAUUUCAUAGAAGUUUAUUAAUAUUAAGUGGUGUGUAUAAUCUUUCCAAGUUUUACAUGACUGAAAAUUAGUCUGUCGAAUUGGUUGUCGUUCACUUCAGCUACUGAUUCAGCAGGCACUGGACGUGGAAUAAAAUUUCACGCGUAAAUGUCUUCAUUUUAUGUACAAAUGAUUUAAAUCUGUAGGUGCAAGUUUUAUUUAUUUCAGAAACAAAUAUUAAGUUGUAAGUAACACUUCUAGUAUAAUUGUACCCUGUUUGCCCCCUACAGUAUAAGCAGAGCAGUAUAUUUUAUUAUAUAAUUUCCGUUGUUGAUAGUUAAUGGUUCAAACCAAAGCGCGGAGAAGAUGACGUUGAAAAAUAAUUUUUUGACAUUUUCUCCAGAUGUACAUUCAAAGCGGGACAAAACAUUAA